AUGGCUUAUGCACAAGCUACUCAGAAUGAAAGAGAUCAGCAAGUGUUCAGCCGUGGGGAUUUGCAGAUAUGCAUCCUCGACGGUAUUGAUCUUUUGACGGUGAAAAUGACCGGGGGACUAAUAGCAAGUGUCGUGCUGUCCGAGUUAGCAAGGGAAAUCCAGGUGCUCGCUUCAAGGAGGUAUAGAACAUUGUGUGACAGCUCUGCAUCCGUCCUAUUUGGGCACUAUGAUAAUCCAUCUCUGUGCAUUGCUUCUGUCAAGGUCGGUUACACAAGGUCACAGGAACAUCCUACUCACACCCUGGAUCGUCCUGUUUGA